CGCGUUAAGAUGGCUGUGCUUGAAGUGAUUUCGGGAUUAAUUCUGUGCAUUAGUGCCUUGAUCUGGUGGUGGCAGAGAUCAGCAAGGCUCUACUGGGAGAAGAAUGGAGUGUCCUAUAUCGAAGGACCUCCCUUUAUUGGCGCGUUGAAGGAUUCCAUGACGUUCAGAAAAAGCUUUGGGGAGCUUUUCUUGGAGAUCUAUAAUCAUGAAAAGUUUAAAGACGAUCCUGUGACUGGAGUCUACUUUUUCCAUAAACCAAGCUUGGUUAUUCGUCAUCCUGAAUUGAUCAAAAAUAUCCUUGUGAAGGACUUUUCAAAUUUUGUCGAUAGGCCCGUGAAUUCUGAUCCUUAUGACGAUGGAAUUGGCAGGGAUAAUUUAUUUUCGGUAAAAGGUCUUCGUUGGAAAACCAUUCGAGCUAAAGUUUCACCCGUCUUCACAACUGGAAAGCUCAAGAACCUUUUCCUUCUCUUGGUGGAUGUUACGAAAAUAUUGGAGCAAAAGCUUCAAACAGAAAUUGGAGAUGAACCAAAAGAAUACGAAAUGAAGGAAUUUGCAUCAUUCUUUACGACAGAUACAAUUGCCUUGUGUGCCUUUGGGGUACAGGCAAACAGUCUCUUGAAUCCCAAAGCCGAUUUCCACAUUAACGUUAAAAGAACAUUUGACUUUAAUUGGAAGAGAGGUUUUCAGUUUGCUUCAUGCUUUUUCCUCCCAGAACUUGCUACAUUGUUUCGUUUUGCAUUCUUCUCGAAAGAAACUAAUGAAUUUAUAAGAUCUUCAAUUAACUAUGUUAUGGAAGAGCGUAUUAAGAGUGGAACAAAGCGCAAUGAUCUCAUUGAUGCUCUUAUUUCCAUGAAAGAGGAAGAUUCUGAGCUCUUCAAAGGAGACACUCUCGUGGCUCAAGCUGCUAUUUUCCUGGUUGCUGGCUACGAAACUGCCUCAUCUGCUACGUCUUUUGCUUUGUACGAAUUGGCACGGCAUCCAGAAAUUCAAGAGAAGGUCAGGAAGGAAAUUAAGGAAUACAUGGAGAAAUACGGAUCUGUCCAAUAUGAAACUAUACAUGAAAUGGAAUAUUUGCAUUGCGUGGUCCAAGAAACUCUUCGCUUGUACCCAUCUCUGCCAUUUUUGGAUCGAGUUUGCUCACCACCCGAUGAUGAAGAGAAUUACUCUCUGGAGCCCUAUCAUACCUUUGCAAUUCCAAAGGGAAUGCCCGUCUACAUUCCCCUCAUUGCCAUUCAAAGAGACGAAAAGUACUUUCUGAAUCCAGAAGAAUUUAUUCCUGAGAGAUUUAGCCCAGAAAAUCGAGACUCCAUCAACCAAUACAGCUACUUAUCGUUUGGUAUUGGACCACGGAAUUGUAUCGGAUCGAGAUUUGGGUAUUUGCAGGUGAAACUGGCUCUCAUCACUAUUCUUAAUAACUACAGAGUUGAAGCUACAGAGAGGACCCCCAAAACAAUUGAAUUUGAUAAGAAAGCUCUCGUUGUGCAUUCUCAGGAACCACUUUAUAUGAACUUAACCAGAUUAAGUCAGGCUUUGAUUUUGGGAUUAAUUUUGAGCUUCGGAGCCUUGAUCUGGUGGUGGCAGAGAUCAGCAAGACUCUACUGGGAGAAGAAUGGAGUGUCCUACAUUCCAGGACCUCCCUUCAUUGGUGCCCUGAAAGAUUGCUUAACGUUCAGGAAGAGCUUUGGAGAGCUUUUAAUGAAUAUCUAUAAUCAUGAAAAGUUUAAAGACGAUCCUGUGACUGGAGUUUAUUUCUUCCACAAACCAUGCUUGGUUAUUCGUCAUCCUGAAUUGAUCAAAAAUAUCCUCGUGAAGGAUUUCGCUAAUUUCGUUGACAGAACUAUGAGCUCGGAUCCACUCGUUGAUAGAAUUGGUACGGAUAAUUUGUUUGCGGUGAAAGGUUUACGUUGGAAAAUCAUUCGGAAUAAAAUUUCACCCAUCUUUACAACUGGAAACUUAAAGAAUCUCUUCCUUCUCAUGGUGGAUGUAACGAAAAUCUUGGAACAAAAGCUCCAAACAGAAAUUGGAGAUGAAUCAAAAGAAUACGAAAUGAAGGAAUUUGCAUCAUUCUUCACAACGGACACAAUUGCUCUGUGUGCCUUUGGAGUACAGGCAAACAGUCUCCUCAAUCCUAAGGCCGAUUUUCAUAAGAAUGUUAAGAAUGCAUUCGAUUUCGCAUUGAAGAGAGUUUUUCAAUUUACUUCGUGCUUUUUCCUCCAAGAAAUUGCUAAGUUUUUCCGUUUUCAAUUUCUUUCGAAGGAAACUAAUGAAUUCUUGAGAUCCUCAAUUAAUUACGUGAUGGAUGAGCGUAUGAAGAGUGGGAAGAAGCGUAAUGAUUUGAUCGAUGUCCUCAUUGCAAUGAGAGAGGAAGAUUCAGAGCUGUUCAAAGGCGACACUCUUGUAGCUCAAGCUGCUAUUUUUCUAGUUGCCGGAUAUGAAACAUCGUCUUCUGCAAUAUCUUAUGCAUUGUUCGAAUUAGCUCGACAUCCAGAAAUUCAAGAGAAGGUCAGGAAGGAAAUUAAGGAAUACAUGGAGAAAUACGGAUCUGUCCAAUAUGAAACUAUACAUGAAAUGGAUUAUUUGCAUUGCAUUGUUCAAGAAAUUCUCCGUUUGUAUCCACCUCUCCCAUUCUUAGAUCGAGUUUGCUCACCACCAGAUGGUAAAGAGAAUUACUCCCUGGAGCCCUAUCAUACCUUUGCAAUUCCAAAGGGAAUGCCCGUCUACAUUCCCCUCAUUGCCAUACAAAGAGACGAAAAGUACUUCCCGAAUCCAGAAGAAUUUAUUCCUGAAAGAUUUAGCCCAGAGAAUCGAGACUCCAUCGAUCAGUAUACCUUCCUGGCUUUUGGGCUAGGACCACGGAAUUGUCUCGGAUUAAGAUUUGGGUACUUUACGGUGAAAUUAGCCCUCAUUACGAUUCUUCGCAACUACAGGAUAGAAGUUACCGACAGAACCCCAAAGAUUAUUAAAUUUCAAAAGAAAGCUCUCGCUCUUAUUUCAGAAGAUCCACUUUACAUGAAUCUAACAAAAUUAAGGCCAAUACAGCUGUACGUAUCUUGCAGUUGAAUAUCAUUCCUUUCCGCGUUAAGAUGGUCGUGCUUGAAGUUAUUUCGGGAUUAAUUCUGUGCAUUGGCGCCUUGAUCUGGUGGUGGCAGAGAUCAGCAAGACUCUACUGGGAGAAGAAUGGAGUGUCCUACAUUCCAGGA